AGAAAAGAAAAAGAAAAAAACAAGUAAACGAGCCAACGAGGAACCCAAAAUUUUAAUCAGAAGUCAGAACAAUUCAGAUUCAAGCCUUGUGAAGCUAUUCCCAUCGAUUAAUCUAAGACGAAGAAAUGGCGAAGAUACCCAGAGAAGACUCGGCACAGAGUCCUUCAUGGUUCACCCCCAAAAGGUUACUUAUGAUCUUUUGUGUAAUUAACAUGAUAAAUUAUGUGGAUCGAGGAGCAAUAGCAAGCAAUGGUGUAAAUGGUAGUCUUGGGACUUGCACUGAUAGUGGCAUUUGUUCUUCGGGUAGCGGAAUUCAGGGGGAUUUUAACUUGAACAAUUUCCAAGAUGGUGUUCUAUCUUCUGCCUUUAUGGUCGGACUUCUUGUAGCUUCUCCAAUAUUUGCAUCCUUGGCAAAGAGCCACAAUCCUUUUAGGCUUAUUGGAGUUGGGUUAUCUGUUUGGACAUUUGCUGCAGCUGGGUGUGGUAGUUCAUUUGACUUUUGGUCCAUUGCGAUAUGUCGCAUGCUGGUUGGUGUUGGAGAGGCUUCUUUCAUAAGUCUUGCUGCUCCAUUUAUAGAUGACAAUGCCCCUGCCACUCAGAAAACAGCAUGGCUUGCAACAUUUUACAUGUGUAUUCCAACUGGGGUUGCUCUAGGCUAUGUUUAUGGUGGACUUGUUGGAAACUAUUUGAAUUGGCGUUAUGCAUUCUUUGGAGAGGCAUUUUUUAUGCUUCCAUUUGCUGUUUUGGGUUUUGUGAUGAAGCCUUUGCAAUUAAAAGGUUUUGCCCCUGUUGAGCCAAAAAAAGAUUUGACAUCCAUUGACGCUGUUGCUUGUGCCAUUGAAGAUUCAAAGGUUCCAAGUGUAAAUGGCUAUGUUGUGGUUGAAGAUGAAGGUUUUGGUGCUCAAGCCUCUAAUAAAGCUUCCAAGUCAAGAGGUGCAUUCAAAAUUUUGGAUCAGUUCUCUAGAUUUUCGAGAGAGAUGAAAGUGCUUUUGCUUGAUAAGGUCUAUGUUGUGAAUAUUUUAGGUUACAUAUCGUACAACUUUGUCAUUGGAGCAUACUCAUACUGGGGGCCAAAGGCUGGUUAUAACAUUUAUCACAUGAAUAAUGCAGAUUUGUUGUUUGGAGGGAUCACAAUUGUUUGCGGAAUUUUUGGGACAUUAUCUGGAGGCCUCAUCCUGGAUUACAUGAGUGCCACGAUCUCAAAUGCAUUUAAGCUUCUUUCUGGAGCAACAUUACUAGGUGCAAUGUUUUGCUUCAGUGCCUUCUGCCUCAAAAGCUUGUAUGGUUUCAUAGCUCUUUUCUCAGUGGGCGAGAUACUAGUCUUUGCUACACAGGCUCCUGUUAAUUACGUGUGUCUCCAUUGUGUCAAACCUAGUAUGAGGCCUCUGUCUAUGGCUAUAUCCACUGUUUCAAUCCACAUCUUUGGCGAUGUGCCUUCGUCACCUCUUGUUGGGGUUCUUCAGGAUCAUGUUAACAAUUGGAGGGAAACAGCACUUAUUCUAACAUCCAUUCUGUUUCUUGCUGCUGGAAUAUGGUUUAUAGGGAUCUUCCUGAACAGUGUGGACAUGUCCAAUGAAGAAGGUGAAAAUAAAGGCUCCACGGUUGAGAAGGCGGCUAGCACAAAGCCUUUGCUGGGAGGAAACAGAAAUGAGAUGCUAGAUGACUCUGUCGAAGCAUAAGUUCUAUAUGCAAAGCCUGGAGUACCUCAAGGAAUAGACUUGAGAAGAAGGAACUCCGACAACAAACUUUUCAAGAGUAUAUGUGAAACCAUACUUAUGUUAAUCUGUACAGUUCUGGUGCCCUAACAUGUCAUAUGAGUGUAAAGUGUUAGGUUUCCACUUGGGGUAAAAAUUGCUGUCCAAGCUUGUGUGUUGAAGAUUUGUAAGAGAACAUGAAAAAUAAUAUUUCCCCUUCAAGUCAGUCAGAACACAAGCAGCUCAAUGUCGAGGUUGUGCAUUCCUAUUUGUUUCACAGACAACUUGUAGAUAAGAAAAAGGCAUAUAAUCAGAAUAUUUGCAUUGCUUGCAGUACGAUUUUCAGCUGUAUAGUCUUUCCAUUUAUGUAAAGAUAAAUUAUUGCUGACAGCUUUAUAAAA